UGUAACCUUGUGCUAGUGUGCAGUGUUGUUGUAAAACCAGCUAUUGAAACGGCGUUAAAACAUAUUUUAAUGUUAUAUUUAGCAUUCAGAGAUAUUCGGUAGUCAUGAACAAAUAUAUUUUACCAGUUUCUGUCUUUGGGACAGUGUUUGGAGUUGCUGUUUUACUGAAGGAACAUAUGACUGGAGGCCGGUGUACUAGUAAAGCUACCUUAAAUGGGAAGACUGUGGUGAUAACGGGAGCAAACACCGGCAUCGGGAAAGAAACCGCCCGGGACCUGGCAAAGAGAGGGGGUCGGAUCAUUAUGGGAUGUCGGGACAUGGAAAAGUGCGAGACAGCUGCCAAGGAAAUACGAGGGAAUACCCUGAAUCCUCACGUUUAUGCUUGCCAACUCGACCUGGCCUCAAUGAAAUCCAUAAGACAGUUUGCAGAGAAAAUCAAACAAAAGGAGCAGCGUGUGGAUGUUCUGAUAAACAAUGCAGGGGUCAUGAGAUGUCCAGAAGGGAAGACAGAAGAUGGAUUCGACCUGCAGUUUGGAGUUAACCACCUAGGCCACUUCUUGUUGACAAAUCUUCUGCUGGAUAAGUUGAAAGAGUCCGCCCCCAGCAGAGUGAUCAACCUGGCCUCCCUCGCCCACAUCGUUGGAAAGAUGGACUUCGAGGACUUGCACUGGGAGAAAAAGAAGUUUGAUACCAAGCAGGCGUACUGUCAGAGCAAGCUUGCCAAUGUUCUGUUCACCAGAGAGCUCGCCAAGCGAUUACAAGGCACAGGAGUCACAGUGAAUGCUGUGCACCCGGGCGUUGUUGCCACGGAGCUCGGGAGGCACACCAAUCUGCACCAAUCACAGUUUUCCACCACUGUGCUCAGUCCUUUUUUCACGCUGUUGGUGAAGAGCCCAGAGCUGGGGGCCCAGCCCAGCAUCUACCUGGCCGUGUCCGAGGAGGUGGAGGGGGUGACGGGGGCGUACUACGAUGUAAUGACAGAAAAGGAGCCGUGGCCUCAGGCUCUGGACGAGGACGUGGCUCUCAGGCUGUGGGAGGUCAGCAGCAGGCUGGUGGGUCUGGAGGAAGAAGGACAACUGAAGCCCCCGACAGAGGUCCAGAGCAGAGCUGCCCAGCCGGCCCUCACACAGCCGAGCGGACAGAGCGCAGAUGUGGGAGCUGAGGGCCUGUAGCUGGCCUCUGGACCUUCAGGGGAUAAUGGACCUUUUAUGGCUUGAGCUGUGCCAGGCGCGCUGAAACAACUCUCUGUCUGAGUCUGAGUGUCUGCUUGUCUCUGUAAAUGUAUUGUUUUGUACAAGCCUUCAUGUUCCUGCAUCAGGAUAUUUUCUUUAAAACAUGGCAGCCUUUGAAA